GGAAAAACGUCAGCUCACCAUCCUCGGCGUGGAGUGGUACAUCCCGCGUCUCCCCGUGGCGCUGCAGCGAAUAGCCUUGCCUGCAGAGCGAGGCGAGCGCAUCUGGCUCUGCCGGCUCUUCCUGGAUGGAGCAGGUUUAGUUGCCUGCGGCGGAGGUGCGAGCGGAGCGCGGCCGGCAUUGACAGAGCUGCAGCCAGCCAGCCAGCCGGAGCCGGGAGGGAACAGACAGCUCGGCGACUCGCCUGGCAGAAGGAAACCCCGCGCGUCCUCCAUUCUUUCCAAGGCUGCAGCAGCUGAGGCAUGGCCGGGCGAGGUCGGGGCUGGGCGCUCCUGCUGCUGCUGCUGGCGCUCUGCGGCGUGCUGGGCGCCUUUUCCCUGCAGGGCUCCGAGGCGGACCAACCUGAGGCGGCGGCGGCAGCGGGCGGCGGCGGAGAAGGCGCGGGUGGCGGCGCCGGCAGCAGCGGUGCCAACCGGCGGCGGCGCCUGAGCCAGGAAGACGGCAUCUCCUUCGAAUAUCACCGCUAUCAGGAGCUCCGGGAGGCGCUGGUGUCGGUGUGGCUGCAGUGCUUGUCCAUCAGCAGGAUCUACACGGUGGGCCGGAGCUUCGAGGGCAGGGAGCUGCUGGUCAUCGAGAUCUCCGACAACCCCGGCGAGCACGAGCCUGGAGAGCCAGAAUUCAAAUAUGUUGGAAAUAUGCAUGGCAAUGAAGCUGUUGGAAAAGAGCUUCUCAUUUUCUUGGCUCAGUACCUGUGCAAUGAAUAUCAAAAGGGAAAUGAAACUAUAAUCAACUUGAUCCACAGUACACGAAUCCAUAUCAUGCCAUCCUUAAAUCCCGAUGGCUUUGAGAAGGCAGCAUCACAGCCUGGUGAACUCAAAGAUUGGUUUGUUGGCCGAAGUAAUGCCCAGGGAAUAGACCUAAACCGAAAUUUCCCUGAUCUGGAUAGAAUAGUCUAUGUCAAUGAGAAAGAAGGUGGUCCAAAUAAUCACUUAUUGAAAAACCUGAAGAAAGCUGUGGAUCAAAACCCCAAGCUUGCACCUGAAACCAAAGCUGUGAUUCACUGGAUUAUGGAUAUUCCAUUUGUCCUUUCGGCCAACCUUCACGGUGGAGACCUUGUGGCAAACUACCCAUAUGAUGAGACUCGCACUGGUACUGCUCACGAAUACAGCUCCUGCCCAGACGAUGCUAUUUUCCAAAGCGUAGCACGAAGCUAUUCAUCCUUUAAUCCAGCCAUGUCUGAUCCAAAUAGGCCACCAUGUCGCAAGAAUGACGACGAUAGUAGCUUCAUAGAUGGAACAACCAAUGGGGGUGCCUGGUAUAGUGUUCCAGGAGGUAUGCAGGACUUCAAUUACCUGAGCAGCAAUUGUUUUGAAAUCACAGUGGAGCUUAGCUGUGAAAAAUUCCCUCCUGAAGAAACUCUGAAAAGUUAUUGGGAAGACAACAAGAAUUCACUUAUUACUUACAUUGAACAGAUACAUCGAGGAGCAAAGGGAUUUGUUAGAGAUCUUCAGGGCAAUCCCAUUGCUAAUGCGACCAUUUCUGUGGAAGGAAUAAACCAUGAUAUUACAUCAGCAAAGGAUGGUGAUUACUGGAGAUUGCUUGUACCUGGAAAUUAUAAACUGACAGCUUCAGCACCGGGUUAUCUAGCAAUAACUAAAAAAGUGGCUGUUCCCUUCAGUCCUGCCAUUAGGGUUGAUUUUGACCUGGAAUCUUUGUCUGAAAGAAAAGAAGAAGAAAAGGAAGAAUUGAUGGAGUGGUGGAAGAUGAUGUCAGAAACUUUAAAUUUUUAAGCAGAAGCUCUGAAGUUACAGCUUUUAAUCUAUUACGUGUUCUUAGUAUAAUGUACUGUGAAAGUUCCCUAUAUUUUAGAUUUUGUGUAGCUUGCAAUAUUUAACUUCUGUUUUUUGAGUAAUUUUUUAAAAAACCCAAUAAUCCGCUCUACAUAAAAAAUGCUAGAUACUUUUACACCAUCAUUCAUGAUCCUACAUAUUCAACACGGGGGAAGAAUACGUGAAUGAACGUUGCAUUCUGCUACCAAUUAUAAACCUAUGUGUUUCACUUGCAAAUCCUGAUUGUGUAGGUUAUGCACAUUAAAAAAAAAACCCCUAUAGAAAUUAGCAGCUGCUUGCAGAUAUUGCCACAGAUAUUCCACAAAGCAGGUGAUAAAAGAUGUUCUCCAAUGUCUCAUAAAGUAAUGGCAUUGAAAAUGUAUGCAGUAAGAAGUUGGUGUUGUAAGUAAUGCUUAACUACCAUUAAAGUUUAUGUCUCUGUGGAAGAGCUGUGUAAAAUAAGAAUGAUGACUACUUGGGUUUCAUCUACUCACUUGGAAAUAUAUUUCAUUAUUCUUACUUAAAAGCUGAGAAGAAACCGAACAUUUUUCCUGGUACUAAUACUGUUCUCAUGUAACUUGAUUACCAGAUUAAAAUUUCUGGAUUGAUAAAGAAUAA